GCGACCUCUCAGCAGCGGGCAGACGUCAGGGAAGCAGAGAGGCGGCGGUCCCCCCUCCGGCCGGGCGAUGCAACCGCGGCAUGGAUCGUUGCAUCGGAAAGAAGAGUGCACCCCGGAUAUCGUGCAUGUACCUUCGACUGCAAUCUGCUGACGAUGCACCGGUGCCUUCUCUUCUUCUCCGUCUGUUUUGAAGGCAGUUUGAACACCUACCAGUGGACGAUCCAGCAGCAGCCAUCCUGAAAUAAGGAUCAUGGGGAGCGGGAGCUGGGCUGCGAUGGUCGGGGACGACGCGUCCAAUAUGACCGCGUCUCACAUCUGGCUUAGUGUCCUCAACUCCUCCAGUCCGCCGACCCCGUGGGACAGCAGUCCCUCUGCCCAUGAAACCUCCCUGGAGGACCAGAAGCAGCUGAUCCAGGAGCAGGCUUACCGGGACUUCACCACCACCCUCCAGAUUUUCAUCCUCAUAGGCUCUCUGCUUGGGAACGCCACGGUGUUGUGGUGCACCUGCUCCACAAACGUCUUCAAGUCUGUGACCAAUCGUUUCAUCAAAAACCUGGCGUGCGCGGGCAUCUGCGCCGGGUUGGCAUGCAUUCCCUUCGACGUGGCGCUGGGCUCCAGCCCUCGCUGCUGCUGGUGGCUUCACACGUUCCUGCUCUGCAAGGCCUUCAGGUUCCUCCAGAAGCUCUUCUGCUCCGUCACCGUGCUCAAUUUCAGCGCCAUUGCGCUAGACAGAUACUGCUCCGUCCUGUACCCGCUAGAGAGGAAGAUCUCGGAUGCGAGAGCCAGAGAUGUGGUCAUCUAUAUUUGGCUGCACGGCGUGGUGGCGAGCCUCCCUGUGUUUGUGGUCGCCAACGUGACGGACUUGUACGUGGCAUCGUCCUGCGCGGAAGACCACGCCGGCUCCCCGGGACGCGCGGCGUACGUGUACAUCUACAACGUCACCACCGUCAUCCUCCCGCUGGCGCUGGUCUUCUUCUUCAUGCUGCUCAUCCGCCGAGCGCUCAGUGCCAGCCAGAAGAAGAAGGUGAUCAUCGCGGCCUUGCGGACGCCGCAGAACAGUAUCUCCAUCCCGUACGUGUCGCGGCGAGAAGCGGAGUUGCACACCAGUCUCCUGGCGGUAGUGCUGGCCUUCUUCGCCUGCAGCACCCCCUAUGGGGCGUUGGUAGUCUAUCGCACCCUUUUGGUGGACCCCAAAGAGCUGCCUGUGUUCUUGUAUCUCACAGCCUUGUGGCUACCGAAGGUGUCCUUGCUCACCAACCCUCUUUUAUUCCUGACUGUUAACCGCUCGGCACGCCACAGCUGCCUGGAGCUGCUCUCCCGGGUCCACAAACGCUACAGCCGGCGUAACGCGAUCAGCACGGGGGGUCUGGCCUCUAUCGGGGCGGAGGUUGCGAUAGGAGAACCCGUAGGACUGGAGACAACAGGUCGCUCCGGAAGCCAACUUCUGGAGAUGUUCAACAUCGGCCAGCAGCAGAUUUUUAGACCCUCUGAGGAGGAGGAGGAUGCAGCAAAUGAAGGACUAGAAGGACCCAAAGAGGACCACAAGAACGGGUCAAGGCUCCAAGGACUCAUAACGCAAGUGAUCACCAAAAACGAUCUGUUGCAGGGACACAGAGGCGGCCUUGCCAACGAGGGCCCGCCUGCAACCACGGCGUUGCGCUCCUCUCCGGCCCACGGGUGCGCUUAUACGUCGUCGUCGCAGGUGGCGCCGGCUUCGCUUCCGGAGACGGAAGACCCCACGCAGUUUGGGUUCGGACCCUUCGAGCUGCCGCCUCAGUGGUUACCUGAGACCAGGAACAGCAAGAAGAGGCUCCUGCCUCCUUUGGGGAACACCCCUGAGGAGCUGAUCCAGACCAAGCUGCCCAGACCGCGGCCCGAGCGUCGGAUCAGCAGGAAUAACAAAGUCAGUACUAUUUCUGCCGUGGACCCGUGAGCGGACUGUAGUGGACUCUGGACUCAUCACAUGGAGGCCAUGUCGUUGAUGGAGCUAAGACCUUUGGUCCCACCAAACCUGUUUACAUGUUGACUGCAUCUCAGCCAGGAGAUCAGGGCCUUGGCAACAUGUCAAGCGUGAUCCCCCUUGGCUAGCAGCUUUGUUUUUCAAAUCUGCUAGGCUAACUUUAGUUUUGGUUUAACGAGUGCCAUCAAACCAUUGUCUUAAAUCAGAUUAAUCACACUUUUGAGUUUUGAUUAAUCAUGAUUAAUCAGCCAAUUACUGGCUUUCUGUGACGAGUUGGUCGGAUGGUGAUGCGGGUUUCGUUCUCCCAAGGAUGCAGACAGGCUUUGGACACAGCGUCCAGGUAGGAAGUUAAAUAAAACGGACUUAGACGAAACCAAAAGAGCUAGCAUGGAAGCUAGGAAACACUAAAGGGCCUUAGCAUGGAAGCUAGGAUAAACAGAACCGAGAACAAACGUUGUCACUUGUUGCGUAUGGCAAAUUAGGAAGCAAGACUGAAUGAACGGAGAAGGCAGGCUUAAAUAAAGACAGCAAUCACAAGACAGGUGCACGUUCUGAACAGGCGGCAGGUGGAAAUAAUGAGUAACCAUGGAAACCAAACUGAGAGGUGCACAAACAAAAGCCGAAGGAGUCCAAAACUAACAGAAAACACAAAAAGACUAAAAAAUCUUAAUCAAAAUAUGAUCCGGGCAGCGGAUCAUAACACUUUCAUAAUUAAAAUGAAGUAUAAAAAAGGCACAAAUAUUUGGACGAAAAUUGUAUUUUAUCGUCAGAAUCUCAUGCACAAACAUUUUUAAAUGCACGUCAUUUAUUUUGAUUAAUCGUGACUAAUCAGUCAGUUACUGUAUUGCAUAAUUUAAAUUAACUAUAUAAAAAAAAGACACACAUUUGGGAAAAAAAGCAAUUUUAUCAUCAGAAUGAACUUAAGUGAAUUAUAUUUAUAUAGCGCUUUUCUCUAGUGACUCAACCAUUUUUAGAUGCACAUAAUUUAUUUGAUUAAUCAUAAUUAAUUACAGUCAAUUACUGGCUUUCAUAAUUUAGAUUAACUAUAACAUAACUCUAAUAUUUGGCCAGAAAUGAAAUUUUACCGUCAGAAUGUCACGCACAAACAUUUUCAAAUUCACGUUAUUUGUUUUGAUUAAUCGUGAUUAAACACAGCCAAUUACUGUAUUGCAUUAUUUAGAUUAACUAUAAAAAAAAGACACAUUUGGACUGAAAUGCAGUUUUAUCAUCAGAAUGUCAUACAUAAACAUUUUUAAAUGCACAUCAUUUAUGUUGAUAAAUCUUGAUUAAUCAGUCAAUUUCUGUUUUGCAUAAUUUAAAUUAACUUUAAAAAAAGACACACAUUUGGAGGGAAAUGCAAUUUUAUCAUCAGAAUGUCGUACAUAAACAUUUUUAAAUGCACAUCAUUUUCUGAUUAAUCGUGAUUAAUUACAGUCAAUUACUGGCUUGCAUAAUAUAAUUUAACGAUAACAUAACUAAGAUAUUUGGCCAGAAAUGUAAUUUUACCAUCAGAAUGUCAUGCACAAACACCUUUAAAUGCACAUCAUUUAUUUUGAUUAAUCGUGAUUAAACACAGUCAAUUACUGGCUUGCAUAAUUUAAAUUAACUUUAAAAUAACUAAAAUUUUUGGCCAGAAAUGCAAUUUUAUCAUCAGAAAGUCAUACACAAACAUUUUUAAAUGCAGGUCAUUUAUUUUGAUUAAUCUUGAUUAAUCACAGUCAAAUAAUUUUAAUUAACUAUAAAAAAAGACAAAAAUAUUUGGACAAAAAUGCAAUUUUAUUGUCAGAAUGUCAUACACAAACAUUUUUUAGAUGCACGUCAUUUAUUUUCAAUAAUCACGAUUAAUAUCAAUUACUGUAUUGCAUAUUUUAAAUUAACUAUAAAAAGGACACGUUUGGACAGAAAUUAAAUUUUAUUGUCAGAAUGUCAUACACAAACAUUUUUUAAAUAAAAAAAAAAAAUGUAAUACUUGAAUGUAUUUUGUGAAAAACUUGUCAACAGUGUUACCUAAAAUACAAUUUGCAAUUGAUAUCAUAAAACUAACGGCGAAAUCAUGUAUAAACGAAGAUGAAUUGCGUCAUGUUUAACAUAGUUAUGUUUAAGGGAGGGCUGUCACAAACAGCGGUUUUAAAUCAGAUUAAUCGCAUUUUUGAAUGUUGAUUAUUCGUGAUUAAUUACAGUAAAAUAAUUGCUUGCGUAGUUGAAAUUAACUUUAAAAAGGACAUCUAAAAUCCAACCAGCGAUUAUUACAAUAAAAUUAUCGCCUGAACCAUGUAUAAACCCAGAUUAAAAAUGCCGCUAAACGAUUGUUUUAAAUCAGAAUAAUCAUAUUUUCAAAAUGUUGAUUAAUCAUGAUUAAUCACAGUAAAUGACCUUCUUGCACAGUUGAAAUUAACUAAAAAAAAACAUAUUUUGACACACAUACACAUUUUAUUGUCAAAUUGUCAUAUAGGAACAUUUUUAAAUGUGUUUCCUAAAUGCACAUUUAUUUUCUAAAAACUUGUCAACAGUUUUAUCUAAAAUCCUGUCAGCGAUUAUUACAAUAAAACGAAACGAAGAUUAAUCGUGUUAUGUUUAAGAUAGUUAUGUUUAAAGCAAUGCUGUCAAAUGAUUGUUUAAAAUCAGAUUAAUCAAAACAUUUUUUUAGUUUUGAUUAAUCAUGAUUAAUCCCAUUAAACGACUGUCUUGCAUAGUUGAAAUCAACUUUAAAAAAAAGACACACAUUUUCACACAAAUGCACAUUUUAUUGUCAAAUUGUCAUACAGGAUCAUUUUUAAAUGUGUUUCUUAAAUUCACAUUUAUUUUCUCAAACCUCGCCAAGAGUUUUAUCUAAAAUCUUGUCGGCGAUUAUUACAAUAAAUUUAAACCAAGAUUAAUCGUUAUGUUUAACGUAGUUAAGUUUAAAGCAAUGCUGUCAAAUGAUUCAUGUUUAAAAUCAGAUUGAUACAUUUUUAUUUUUUAUUUUGUUUAAACAUGAUUAAUCACAUUAAACAAAUUUCUUGCAUAACUGAAAUUAAUUUAAAAAAGGACACAUGAUUUUCACACAAAUGCACAUUUUAUUGUCAAAUUGUCAUACAAGGAACAUUUUUAAAUGUGUUUCUUAAAUGCACUUUUAUUUUCUCAACAGUUUUGUCUAAAAUCCCGUCAGCGAUUAUUACAAUCAAUUUGAACCAAGAUUAAUCAUGUUAUUUUCAACAUAGUUAUGUUUAAAGCAAUGCGGUCAAAUGAUUUUUUUAAAAAUCAGAAUAAUCACAUUUGUAAAAUUUGGAUUAAUCAUGAUUAAUCACAGUAAAUAACUUUCUUGAAUAGUUGAAAUUAACUUUAUUAAGACAUAUAUUUUAACUUUAAUGCAAAUGUUAUUGUCAAAUUGUCAUACAGGCACAAUUUCAAAUGUGUUUUUUGAAUGCACAUUUAGCUUGAUCUAAAAUCCCAUUAGCGAUUAUUACAAUAAAAGUAUGGCCUGAAUCAUUUAUAAAACCCAGAUGAACAAUGCUGCCAAAUGAUUGUUUUAAAUCAGAUUAAUCACAUUUAAAAAAAAAAUGGAUUAAUCCUGAUUAACCACACUAAAUGACUUUCUUGCGUAGUUAAAAUUAACUUAAAAAAAAAACAUAUUUUGAUACAUGCACAUUUUAUUGUCAAAUUGUCAUACAUUUUUAAAAUGUGUUACUUGAAUGCACGUCAUUUAUUAUGAUUAAUCAUGAUUAUUCCAAAUUUAGAGGUGUGAUUAAUCUAAAUCGACACUUGCACAAAUUUAGUGGUUUAUUUCGGGGAAAAAAAAAAUGCAACUUUUUUAUUCUUCACUAAUUUACCUUUAAAACAUGUGGAAAGCAGCACUGUAGUUCGUGAAAUGCACUUGAAAACAUUUUGUGGUGCUUAUUAUUACGCCGUGCUCAGCAAUUCAAUACAAUCAAAGUGUACAAAAAACCCAGUCACUGUGAUGGAUAAUGUAAGAUAUUUGUAAUUUCACCAUUUUGAUAAUAGCGAGACAGUUGAACAAAACAUUUUUUUAAAUGACUGCUGUUAUAAUGUGUCACUGUUUCCUAUUUCUUGUCAUGUUGUACCUAUUGUCCAUACAAGGAUGCUUAUGUACAUUAUGGAAAUACAGAUAAAGGAAAUGGCAAAUUCCGGUUCUGUCGAGUCAAUUGAAGGGAAUUUUUGUAGUAACCAAUCUAUCCUUGUUACUAUUGCUUGUGUCUCCAUAGCAACGUCUCAACUUGAAUCCGUGGCUGAUCAACACUUCAAAUAUUUAUCAGGCCGUAAUCCUCCCCACCUCCCCUGCAGGGUUUCCCACAAGCCCUUUGCU